CAGCAUUUUUUUCUUUUUACCCAAAAGAGAGUAGUUUAUACCAGGGAAUAGUACGAACUAGUUCCUUCAGGGUUCAGAGUAAAAAACGUCAAAAAUUCAAACAAUCCGAGCGUGUUCCAUGUCAGACACCGCAACUUCGGCUCAAGUUCCGGGCAUGAACCCGCCUGGACCCAAAGCAGAUGAUCCCCUCCUUCAAAACGGCUCCUCUAUCGACCCUAACAAGCACUCCACCGCCGAUGAAACCCUAAACAGAACGAACGACAAAGGCAAUCAACAACCGGUGACUCCUGUUCGAGAGAAGAGAAGAUUAUCGGAAACGGCCGUUGAUACGAGUUGGUUGCCACCGGGAUGGGUUGUUGAAGAUCGGGUUCGGACCUCUGGUGCGACAGCUGGCACCAGAGAUAAGUACUACAUUGAGCCUGUCUCAGGUCGUCGGUUCAGGUCUAAGAAAGAUGUGCAAUAUUAUUUGGAAACUGGAACUUUGAAGAAGAGGGGCAAAGUGGCAGAGAACGUUGAUGCUGAUACUAAUUCUGCAGAGAAUUCCAAGAGUAGUAAAAACAAGUCUGGUGCAAACACAAAUUUUGCAUGGAACUUUGAUUCUUUUAAUGUUCCUGAUCGGACCGAAUGGUUUCUUACAGAAGCAAACGAAGAUACCUGGACUCCCUUCAUUGAUGGUAAAAAAGUGCCUCUAUAUGAUAAGGAACAAUGGGAUUUUACAUUUGCAUCUCUGACGACUAGCAGUCAUGGUUACAGAAUGCAUUGAAACUUGAUAGCAUGUAGAACGCAGCCUGCAAUGUAAUGAAGGGCACAGUUUCACAGAGACUAGCUGUCUUCUUUCACCUUCUCUAUUUUUUUUUGGCCACAUAUUUUACAUCUUUUUGUUUAUCGAACUCACCCGGUCUAGCUCCUUGCGGCAGCAAUUCAGAUAGCUUCUCAAAUUGAUCCGGACAAUUUUGAUGUAACAGAAAUUCAACUAGGAGAUUUUUCCACAGGUUAUUUCUUGUAAAUGGGCUUCCGUUUGUGAUACUGUUUGCCAAUUCAAUAAAAGUUUCUGAAAUAUAUUAAAAUAA